AUGUCGCUUAUUCAACCAAAGCCAUCGAGGCAGGCAUUUAAAAUCGUCAUUAAAAAUGAGCAGAAACUGUCGAUCAACGCGCGCUUUACCGGAAUCAUGAAAGCGAAGGGGCACAAGAGUCCCUUCGCGAACCAAAAUAAUAGACAAACUGAACCUAUUCUUAUUCAAUCGAAUGACGACGGAGCAACAAGAUCGAGAAAAACCUCCUUUAUGUCUGAGUCCGAAGCCGCCGAAAGAAUUGAUGCAAUUGAUGGCGCUUUCAAGCGGGCGAUGAAAAAGGUAGUUCCUGAACUUGGCGAUUUGAUGGAGGGCGACGAGGAGAGAUCAGAAGUCUCGGUUAAUAGCUCUCACAAAGAGUCCGUCAAGUCGGCUGCCUCUUCAAGUGUUCUCGGAUCGGAGAAAUCCACUCUCUCUGGGCUCAGUUCCGUAAAAUCUGAUGGCACCCUCGUCACGGACAUCACAACUGCUUCCGAGAGAUCUAGUGCCACUCAAAUGACAUCAACAACGACUGCUGAUUCUAUAAUAAAUCAACUUCCAAAGCCUACCGAGAAGAUGGAUGAAAACUAA